AUGUUCCGCCGCUCUGCCGAGGACGUGCUACGCCGGGUCCUCAUCCCGCUCGUCCUUUUCACGGGGCUCGCCUUCCGUGUGGACGGCGGCGGCGGCGCGCUCCCCGCGCCCACGCCCUGCAUCGCGCUUCCCGAAGGAGCUGUUCUGGAGGACGAUGGAGCGGCGGCGGCGCGCUCCACGGGCAUCACGACACCGCCACGGGAUUGCGUGCGGGGAUCGUCAUACAACCGCAAUAAACGGCCGCCGGCAUCCUCUCCCUCUCUCUUUCUUGGUGCGGAAUGGGAAGCUGACGAACGGCAGGAUGCCCGCCCCACCCACCACCGUGGCCAAGGGAAACCAGCCCACCGUCCUGUCGCAGAGGGCCUCGUUCCCGGCGCGGGGGCUAGCCGGUGGCACCAAGAAGGCCUCAUCCGUCGCAGCGGCGGCAGCGGUACCCAAGCUAAGCUAAGGCAGUCGUGGCCAACAGAUCAGGACCAUCGCGGCGUCAGAAUUGAAUUACGUGCAGGACGAGCGGCAGACAAGAAGCCAAAGGCGAAUCCGGCUCGGACGCCUGUUGCUCGCCAGUCGAUGAAACUCUUGAAAUUGGGUAUCAGGUCACAUGAGAACGCCCCCAAACCAUUGAAACAAGUGCAGCCAGGGAAAACAGACGAUGAUGUGCGCUCCAUCACAUUAAGUACGAAUACUCCCCAUGUAGCAGCUCGCAAGAGUGCCGCUGCUGGCUUUAGUUUCAGAUUGGAGCAGCGUUCUGAGAAGCGAAAGGUGGUGAGCAAUAGAUUGGUCAUGUUUGAUUAUUGUCCCUUCCAUUUAAUCGAGUUUAGUCUGUUAAAGAAAUGGCAAUACUUUCAGUAUUUGGUUCUUGUCAGUUGUGAUGAGCUAUGAACUGUUCUCUUCUGAGAUGUAGACACUCCUUCUUGACAGCAUCGCUCUCGAGUCAGCACAUACAUAAUAGUUGUAACAUGUAAGUAUACUGCUUUGAUUUGCUUAUGUUUCUGAUCAUUGAAUUCAAUUCUUUGUCAAAUUCAGUUUUAGCUAAUCUUUUGUUCUGAGCUUAGUUGCCCAAUUUCCUAAUAAUGCCAUGCUUAUCUUAGUUGUCCAAGCAUGCAGGAUUUUUUUUUUUUGCUUCUCUUCCAUAUAAAAAUUGUGUUUUCAGUGCUUGUACCUCUGAAUACAUCAACUCUAUCUGCGACCUCUGCACCCCUACUUUCAGCUGGUAUUCUGCUAAAGGACAACCAUGUUGCUGAAUUUGACUACAAGCAGGUUCAUAAAAAGUUCUACAAGUGAUUUAUUCUAUGGGGGCAACACUGAAAUGUUCAUGGUCAGCUUGGGAUUCAGAGGUGUGCACACUUACUAGAUCAUCAAAAAUAAAAAAAGACUAUAAGAUAGAAAUUGCAAGCUGUUAAAUGUUAAGUCUUUAUGAGGAGGUUUUGUUUCAUACGAAUCAAUUUUGUCCAUAUGUUUGCCAUCUGGUAUUAUUCUAAUUAUGUAGCAAAACUACCUGGCAACAAGACAUGCAAGUUACUAACGCUUCUUUUAUGUGUAAGAACAUGAAAUUUUGUGCUGUUUAUGGGCAGGCCAAUAUUAAUUCAUUUUUU